AUGCUUCAUCCUAACCACCAAUUCCACCCGCUCGAGGUCCUUCCGACCACAGGAGAGCCGAUUUUGCGCUUGAAGGGCAAAGGACACGAAAACAUCGUUCUGACGCCUCCCAGAGCGAGGGACGCUCAAUAUAUUGUCCCUAUCUUGGACGACGAACGCGUUCACCCAUGGAUCAGCAGUGUACCUCAUCCAUAUAAGCUCGAAGACGCUGAAUGGUGGCUUGGGCGAGUUGUUCCGCCCAGCAACGCGUUCCUGGCAGAGCUUGAGGCGUUAAAAGACAAAACAAACCCAGUUAUAGUCGAUGCGUGUCCCGUGCGGGCUAUUCGUGAGCUGCGGGAGGAUGGGAGCGACGUGUUUCUCGGUGACCUUGUAAUUGACCUUGCAGGGCAGUGGUGGGAGCUCGAAGGGAGCGGAUUCACAGAGCAAGAGGUCCCGAUCAGAGGAGAGGAGCCUGACAUCUGGACGAUUGGUGACUACCUCGCUCCAAGUCAUCAUGGCCGUGGCAUUAUGUCGGAUGCCUUGCAGACUUUAAUACAAGAGUGGGCCAUACCUCGCAUGGGAGUUCGGAAAAUGGUUGUGACCACUCUGAAGGACAACAAAGCAAGCGUGCGAGUCUUCGAGAAAUGCGGGUUUUCAUUCCGCAAGACCAUAGAGGAUGCAAUCGAGGUGCGAGGAGAGCGAAGAGGAGUACAUGUUCUGGAGUGGAAUCAUGGCUAG